AUGCAAAGAGAUUUUUCAACAAUUCCAUUAUGUAAUACACUUCGGGAUAUUAAUGAUGUUACACCGCCAACGUCACAGUUUAGCAUGUCUUCAACACUAGACGACGAACCAAUGAUUAUCGAUAAUGAAUUAGCUCCUCAGCCUGGCCAAAGUGAUCAUUUACAGUCGCUAUAUAAUCAUAAUCAUAUUACUAAUAUUCCAUUGAUGCGACCGAUUCUUCGGCCUUCUAAUAAUAAUGAUGAAAAAUUUUCUAUAGAACGGCACGGUCAAAUUUAUAAUGAAACUUUAAUAAACGAUAAUAAUUUAAUAUCAGAAGCAGCUGGUUAUGAUUCGGCUCGGCUGGCAGAAGUUGAUGCCGAUGAAGCUUUUGCACUUCAACUUCAACAAGAAGAGUAUGGGCGAGAAAGUGUGAUACCAAAUCGGCAUGAAUAUCUUCCCUUUCGAUUAUUCGAAGAUCAUGAAUCACCGGGAGUGACUUUACAUCCUUCCUUUGAUUCUAAUGAUCCGCAAGUUAUGAAUGACGAACAAUACGCAGCAUUCGUGCAACAACAACAAGGACGACCGAAUCCACGAUAUCGGCGGCAACCAUCACCUAAUGUAUUUUUACGUCAACAAUCGAAUCCAGAGUCAAAUAGAACUUCAGACAUCGAUCCCUCCAAUAUUCAACAAAUUCCAUCAUUUUUGGGGAUUUCUCGACGCCAAGUUGCAAAUAGUGACGAUGAUAGUGAUGAUAAUAAUCCUUUUAUGAAUACUCCUCAUCCUUUUAUUCAAUUCCUUACUAAUCAUGGCCGAACUAUGCCAGCGAAUUUUAUUCCAACAUUUUCUGGCUAUCGCCCACGUGGUCAUCGUCGUGGAGGAAAUCUUCAAGAGACUGAAGAAGAUUUCGGACCAGAAGAUUAUGAACGAUUACUUCGACUUGAUGAUACUAUACGUAAGAAAAAGUUAACUAAAGAACAAAUCAAUUCUAUAAAAGAAGAAAAAUUUAUUCCUAAAGCAAACAAUACUGAAGAAGAAAAUAAAUGUGGUGUAUGUCUUGAACUUUUUGAAAAUAAUCAAAGUUUACGACGAUUUCCAUGUAGCCAUAUAUAUCAUAAAGAAUGUGGAGAUCGUUGGUUACAAGAAAAUAAUGUUUGUCCAAUAUGUCGAGAACCACCAAUUAAAGUACCGUCAUCAACAAAUUCACGUCAUAUUAGAAAUAUGAACCAUACAAGAAGAGGACCAAAUAAUAAUCGAACUUUCAAUCAUCGAAAUCAUAACAAUAACAACAACAACAACAACAACAACAACAAUGACAAUAAUAAUAACUCCUCUAAUCAUAAUUCAUCAACAAUAAAUACUAAUAAGAAUAAUAAUCAUUCUCGUUCAGUCAAAGCUGUAAAAAGUACAAGAUCCCGAAUAAUACCAACUGCAUCACAAGCAACAAUGCAAGAAGACCACGACUAUGAUCAAUCACCAUGUCCUAGUUUUGAUUUGCAUUUAUAUGCGCAUAUUGAACGUUCGUCACUUAAUCAAUGUGUUUUCACACCAGUUCCUCAUCAAACAGCUGAAACAUCAGAAUCAAUACCACAUAAACGUAAAUUUGAUUCAGUAGAUUCUGCUCAUGAAUAUAUAAAAAACACGAAAUUCGGUAAUGAUAAUGGUGAAUUAGCUGAUCUUAUUUUCAACAUGGAUAUGCGCCUUGAUGAUCUAACCCGCACAUGUAAUGGAUUACGUGCAGGCAUUCAUACUUUGACGAAGAUGGUAACACAACUCGUUCAUAAUCAAACACAAAAUACAGCUACAAGUGACUAUGAUGAUACAUCACAAAUGGGAUUACCUUAUGUACGAUCUUCAUCAAGUGUAUCAGCAAAGCCAGCGUCGUAUAGAAAUAAACGAAUGCGUAGUACUACUACUACUACUACUCCUACUUCAGAUAUUGCUCCACAAAGACCGACAGAAUUUCUAUGUCGACUUAUACGAAAAGUUUAUUCAACUGAUGAAAUAGUGGCUGGUAUUAAUUCUGAUGAACGUCUUGAUAGAAUUAAAGAAGCUGUAGCUGAUCGAUUUUUUCCCAAUAAUCCCGAUCGACUUGAAACAUUUUGGGCACGAGAGGCACAUCAAUCAAUUCUUGGCCAAGCACGUGCUCAACGGUGCCGAGAAAAAAAAGCUAGAAACUACACAGUAGAGAACCGUUAA